UAGGGUUAUUUAAAAAUGGCGGACGCAUCGUCUUCCGAUACUACCUCAGAUUGUUGCAAUGAAUGGUACUCUGAUAUUACCUCCGAAAAAUCGGAGUACGUUAUAGUGGGCGAGAAGCCGUGUCUCUCCCAUCGUCGCAGCAAGAGGCACUUCCUGCAGAAGCUAUUUUUACGAGAGAUCAGAGGUUGUUUAUCAGCGCACAAUUAUGCCUCGGAGGAAAAAUUAUUCGCCGCUGUACCUUCAUGGAGACACUUGCCGCUGCUACACAUAAUCCCGAAAUCAGCGUUAGAAGCAGGACAUAUUGUAAUGGGAUUGACACAAUGUGGUCAGUUUUUACUUACAUACACAUUCUCCAUCGACGUGAGUGGCACUACCUCUUUCUAUAAAUACUUGUUACACUGGUGGGCAUUUACUCCGAAUCACGUAGCGCGUAAAGUCGCGGAAGUUACGCUGUUCGGUAAUUACACUAUCUAUAGAGAAUUAAGUAUCGUUAUAUCUCAGUGGCCAAUGGAAAGGAACAAGCUAGUGAUACACGGUCUUUGUACAAACCUUCCGCCGACAGACAGAGCAUACUUAACAAUAACUACGGUACCGUCUCUGGAUAAUUGUAAAGACUGCUUGAAAGUGGCCGCGUCGUACGAAGAAGAGGGCGAAGAGUUAGCGGCUAAUUGGGACGGUUGUGUACGGUGUAACUGCCUCCAGCAUGGGCUCACUGUCCAUACGACCUACGAAGUAAUUUCCCCAUAUCCUAGGUUCCGUGCCACUGUGUGCUUGAAUUACACGAACCACGUGGUAGUUAACACAGGCAACUUUUUACAUGUGCUCAGGGUGGAUUUGGACAUUCCGCGAUCGAAAAAUCAAAGGUCUUGCGAUAAGAUGCAGGACACCGUGAUACCCGACGCGAUGUCGUUAGACGUGAGCGAUGUCGAGGAAUUGGAUUACACGAAAAUGCUGGAACGUUACGAGAGUUCCGACGAGAAGGCUGGCACGCCCGAGUGCGUGGCCGAUCAGCUGUCCCGGUGCGACACGAAUAUAGAACACGAAUUUUUAGAGGAAUCAAUUAAAUUAGAUGAUAAGUUAGGUCGUGAUUCGUUAAAUACCUCAAACUCCAAUCAAAGCGACUGUGUCUGUGAUACGAAAAGAUCUGUGGACGCGAAAUCGUGCGAGUGUUCCGCGGACUCCGGUGAAUGCAAGUGCUGCAAUGACAUCCCGAUCGUCCGAACUGAGCAACACGCGAUCUCGGUGAGGGACAAGAUCCUGCAGGACUUCUGCGAGGACAUAUCCCAAGAGCUGAACAUCGGCAGUGAUCUGAUUACCCUAGUGAAGCACCCCUCGUGUUCUCCGCGAUCCGCGCCCCAGAGACUUCCCGCCGAUCUCAAAACGAUGACCUGGUCCUCACCGAUCCUCACUCCGCCUUCGGACAUACUGAAGACGCGGAACACGGAGUCUAGUCAUAAAGGUACGCGCGGUCAACGAUCCAGUUCCCCUCAGCCUGGCGGUUCGACGGAUGGAAACGUCGCUGCAGUUAAUUCCCCGUUGCACUCGGUCUCCGUGAGCUCUUCCUCGUCGCGCACGACGCGCCUGAUGUCGCCCCCGGUGACGAGGUCCUUCCGCCAUCCGAGUCCACGCAAAAGGUCGAACCUGCACUCGCCUCCGCCGAUCGUGAGCACGACGUCGACGAGGACGACGAGAGCCACGUAUAAGCUCACUCUUGAGGCUGAGAAAGCGUACGAGUUCACGGACGAGUCGCAGGAGACCUGUGAGAAGCUCAGCUCGUUCCGGAAACGCAGGCUCGCCGAUAAGAAAUACGAGUUCUGCGAGACCGAGGACGCAGAGAACAUAGUUCCUUUCAAGCACAUACGGGAUCAAUUCAAUCGUGGCUGUUCCAUACACCAGAUAUCGUCCUCACCGACGAUGUCUCCGGUACUUCCAAACGGUAAGAAGCACUGGGUGGAUUCCGACCAGAGCGAAACCGAUGAUCUCAGCGUUAAUCAGGAUAUCGCGUCCAACGACUUAUCGGAUUCAGCCGAGAAGAAUGUAUUGCGUCCAUUAAACCAGAAUCAGUUGCCUAACGGUGGUUUCAACAGGGACCGUAUCAACAAGUAUUCCGUCAACUCCUCGCCAUUAGUUCCGAAAUUCAAUUUACAGUAUCCUAGUAUAAAGUGUACGGCGCAUUUCAAGAGGAGCUACAUAGAACUCGACGACGAGAUGAUAUCAGUCAUCACGGACGUCGAAGACGAGGAAACGGGAGGAUACGUCAGUUAUCAAUGCGUGCUUCCUAUGCAUGUCCACGGAUCUGGAUAUGUUCAAAUGCAAAUGAUCAGCAACAUUAAAGCCGAGAGAUUGAUCGUACCUAUCGUCUCGAUAAACCAACGGAGCUUCGAUAUCGAGACGUUCUCUCACCACAUCGCCGACUGGAUGUGUACGAUAUUCAAAAAGAGAUACUGGCACUGCAGCGACUACGACAUAGAAAUAAUAGACGUAUGCGCGUUGAGCGGUGACAUUAUCUGUCUGCUGAUCAUGAAGAUCCAGGCUAGUGAAAUUAACAGUCAAACUCAAUGCUCUCCGGAGAGGAAACAGUACGAAGUGGGAUGUAAGUUCACGUGGAAUAUCGACACGAGCCAGUACAGAAUAACGGACAUACUGCCAUUGGAGGAAGCGAAGCCGGAGGUGUGGGUCCCAAAUUGUAUUUUAAAUUACCGCAGUCCGUUGUGGAAUCCGACUAGGCGUCUGGCGCCGAAGUUGAGGGAGAAGAUACAACAACCGUACGCGCAUACGAUACGAUUUCUGCAUAACGAAAUGACAUUGGCAGGGGAAUCGAUAACCAGACUGUACGACUUGGACAAUCUGGUGGCAUUUUACAUAACGCCAAUGUCGAACUAUUCCUCGACCGAAUGAAGUAAUCAUCGGCGAUUGUCGACAAUAUGUUGUAAACAAUAAUUCGUUUAUUGUUACGAAUCUAAAGGUUCCGUAAGUUAGUAAGUACAAUUGUAAUGGAAUCGUCGUUCCCCGUACAUAAAAUUUACGAUAACUAUUACAGAGAAUCGUUAGUUCCAAGCGGUGAUAUUAACUGCGGAUAUAAUACGUUGUACGAUAGACUCUUAGCAGGCUUUCUUUCGCAAGAAAGAAAGAGAGAGAGAGAGAGUAAUUUCCGAUUAUUAAGUGCGGCUGUUGUAACGGAUUGUCCAAAAUUGAACAUAGAGUUAAGGGGUAACUGAACAACGAACGUUACAAGCAUCUGCUUGAAUUUUUGUAAAUUAUAUUCUAACGCUAUACAUUGACUAUCUAUACACUUAUAGAUAACUUUGGUAAUUUAUUACCAGAUAUACAUAGGUAAACUAAGAACUGAUUGUCGAUGAGUGUUAUAUUGUAGGUGGUUUCAAAGUAAGGCGAAGAACGAAUAACGACAAAGUAUUUAGUAAUUUUUGGUCCCCCGAAAUUAACACGCGAUUCGCGAAAAGAAAAAUAUAUAUAUAUUAUAUAUUUACGUUCUAAUUUUUGAUUCUCUUAUGCCGAAAUUUGCCCUAGCUAGAUUUCCCAUAGGAUCGAAUAACAUUUAUUAUUUAAGUUUGCGCGUGAACGUUCGCGCAAUCAAUUUGUAUUAUAAAGCCAUUUUACCAUAGACUUUUUUAUAUCUGACAAACAGAAUAUACAGGGUGUACCAUUUGAAAUUUCGGUAAACUCCAAAUAGUACACCCGUGCAUAUAAAUAUAUAUAUAAACGUGCAACAAUGUGCGACUAACGGAUGCAUUGUAAUUUAUAUGUAAGUACCGGCCCGAUCUUUCGAGAGAAGACGUUUAAGACUCGGGAGAUAAAAGUUAUUUAAAUUUGCUGAAGCAGCCACGAUGAAGCUGGUACGGUCUGUUUCAUAAAUGCAAUAAAAUGUUUGUCAUUAA